AUGACCACCAUGGCUACCACUUUGUCCACCCUCUUGAGCCCAAUUAUGGGAGGCCAACUGGCCGACCUUGCGAGUACGUAUCCUGAGAAAUAUGGGAACAACUCAUUCCUCAAGAAGUAUCCCUACGCAACACCCGCCUUUGUCAAUGCAUCAAUGUUGCUCAUAACAUUCAUUGCGAUUUUCUUCUUCCUUGAAGAGACACAUCCACAGAAGAGGGGUGACCCCGACCUUGGUCUAGCAAUCUCAAGAAAGGCUUUAUCUUGUUUCUACGGUCAGAAGAGUCACAGCGCCUCGUAUCCACCAUUGGACGACGAGGAUUCAACGGAAAUGGAGGCUGUGCCUUUCAUAGUAGGGGAUGACGUGGAAGAAGGUAACGCGGAUGUGGAGGAUCCAAACGACUCGGACGACGAAUGUGAUGACGGAAAGCAAGGAGAGAAGAGAAGCGGGUCGCUUACGCCCAUCCCCGAGAAGAGCAAAGCUCCCCCAGUGCUUCCUUUCCGAUGGAUUUGGACCCGUAAUUUCGUCCUUAUGCUCAUGGUAUCUGCCAUACAUGACAGCCAUAUAGGGGCGUACACCGUACUCUGGGUCAAUUUCCUCAGUGAUCCUCCGGCGACUGGUGUUAACGACUCUCUGCCCUUCCGCUUCUCUGGCGGUCCGGGAAUGACGCCUUCCGAGAUUGGCUUCACACUGUCGAUCGUCGGUGCAUGUGGUCUUCCGGUUCAGUUCUUCGUGUACCCUAAAGUCAUCCAUAAACUGGGUGCUUUGAAAGCCUGGCGUCUUUUCAUGCGAGGGUUUCCCAUCAUCUACAGCGCUGCUCCAUUCAUUGCCGUUGUCAGUAAGCUCACGAAAUCGGCGACGAAUGAGCACGGGCAGUCUCCGGCUGUCUGGAUGCUCAUUACCUUGAUACAAGUCACACUGAUCUUCUGCGCGGUCUUCGUCACACCCACGGCGCUUAUGCUCAUUAGACUGUGA